UACUCUAUCUGAUCCAUCAACAGUGUAAGGAACAGCAUCUACAUCUUUAAAGGAUACUUAAUUUGAAAUAUAAGUUUCUUACCAAAAUAUAGAUAAAGAUGUUAAAACUGCUCUUUAAAAAAAUAAAGAAGUUGUCAAAAAAGUAUUAGAUAUUUAUAAAAAAGAUGGCGAAUUAAGUGUUUCUUCUAGUGGAUUUACUAUUGAUUCUUCUAGUUAUAUUGAUUAAAUGAAUGAAGAAACUAAAUAAAAUGAAAGAGUUUUUGAAGGAUACAAAGUUAAAAAUACGAUUUUAAUUAAAUCUUCUAAUUCAUAAAAGGCUGGAAAAGUGAUUGAUGAUGCUAUUAAUAAUGAAUUUAAUUCUGUUGAUUAUAUUAAAUUUUCUCCUGAUGAUGAACAAAUACAAAAGGCUAGAGAAAAACUACUAAGCGAAGCAGUUUAGGAUGCCACUAAAAAAAUAGAUUUACUUUUAAAAAAUCUAAAAGAAGAAGUUAUUGGUGUAAAGAAAGUUUAUAAUAUUAACGAAUAAAUAGUUGAACCUAAUAAUGAUGCUGAAGAUAGUUUUACUUUUUUAUCAAGUGGUGGUGAAAAUUAAACAAAAUUAAAUGAAUCCUAAAAAACUAUGACUAUUAAGGUCUAU